AUCAUUUUCCAGGAUCUUCCAAUCGGCAUGCAGAGCGUCUUCGUCUCCAAGGUGAAUGCGGAAGUGAGGCCUUCGCGGGCUCCAUGGAGCCCCUCCUGCAGCAGCUGGAGCGCUUCUCCGAGGUUCUGUCGGUGUCUCGCAGUAAGCACGUGAGCACCUGGGGUCCCGAGACGGUCCGCAGGGCUCUGCAGUGGGCUCGCUACCUGCGCCACGUCUACCGGCGCUUUGGCAGCCACGGCAGCAUCCGCGCGGCUGUGGAAAGGCGGCUGCGCAGCCGGUGGGGGCCGGAGGGGCCGGUCCGGGGACUGACGAGCUUCCAGGCCCUCCGGCGCGGGGACGUCCUGCUGUCUGUGAACCUGCUGCGGAGCCCAGCGUUGGGCGAUGCCGCCGGCCGCGCCUUGCUGCAGCAGCUUUUCCCGGGCGCGGGUCCCCAGGAUGCAGACGCAGAGGCGCUGCAGGCCCGCCUGGCCCGCCUGGCCCGCCGCCGGGCCGCGCUCCUGUUGCUGCGGGAGGCCGACGGCACCCGCGGAGCGAGCCCAGCGCCCCUCGAGGACCCUGUGCUGCUGACCCAGGCGCAGCUGCUGCUCGGGCGGCUGCGGGAGGCCGGGGAGGCCGAGGCCGGGGGCCCCGGCGGGUGGCUCAGCCGCCUGUGGACGCGCGUGCCGCGGGACCGCUUCCUGCAGGUGACGGCCGUGGCGCUGUUGCAGCCUCCGGAAGAGGAGCUGGGACGGAGCGGCCCAGAAACACCUGGAGAGGACAGUCCUCUGCUAGUUCGGUGGCUUCUGGAGCGAUCGGAAGUCCUGGCUGCCUUUUGCCGCCUCCCGGCCGGGCUGUUGACCUCGGUAGCGGGUCGCCAUCCUGCGCUCUCUCGUGCCUACCUGGGUCUGUUAACAGACUGGGGUCGAAGGCUGUGCUACGACCUGCAGAGAGGCGCCUGGGUCGGAGCCGAGUCCCAAGACGUCCCCUGGGAGGAGUUGUUCUGCAGGUUUCAGAGUCUGAGCCAGGCCCCUCCACCUCUGAAAGAUGAGGUUCGAACUGUCUUGGAGUCCUGCAAGGCGCAGGAUGGCGAUUUCGAAGUCCCUGGGCUUAGCAUCUGGACGGACCUGUUACUAGCUCUGCGGAGUGGUGCGUGAGGUAGCGCCUGGGAGGAGACAAGUUUGGGCUCCCAGCUAAAACUCCAGUUCUCCUUGGACAGCGUUCUCUUAACUACUUGAAUGUGUUCUUAGCAAAUCACUUACAGUUCCUAAAUCCAAAAUGUAAUUAUUUAUGGUGCAAGAUUACAAUGGUUUGUACAAUUGUAGAUUUGCAAAUUUUAUUUCUUUCUUUCUUUAUUUAUUGUCUUUGUUUUGGAGACGGGUGUUGCUGUGUAGUCUAGG